AUGAGUGGAAAAGAACGCCCACGCUCGUUGCGUCUGCAACAGUAUCAGAAGGAACAGCAGCAGAAGCAGGAGGAGCAGUAUUUUUCAUCGGGCUUGGUGCGAUUCAGUAGCGUGCGUUUCAAGGUAGAGCCACCCUUUGCUCUGGACAUGGACGACGAUGGCAGAGGCUAUAGCGUUCAGCAUCUGACUCCGCCGCGUCAGCAUGCGCUCCGCACUCGCAUGCGCGGCUACGUGGACAAGGUGGACAUUGGGCCGGAGCAUCAGGUGGAGGUGCCGGACUAUGAGCCGGUGGACAAGGAUAAACCCUAUCGCGAUAGCGCCGUCGAGACUCUGCUGUGGGCACCCAGUGGGACAGCUUCCGAUUCGCGGCUGACUCAAUACAUGACUGUGGCCACGCGCACCAAUAAUUACACCGUGGAGCAGGCCAUCUUCAUGCUGCAGGCCCAUCGCCACAACUAUAGACGUGCCCUGCAGCAGGUCAGCCACUACGCCAACAUCAGGGCUCUGUGGUCGACCAGCGAGCAGCAGCGCUUCGAGCUGCUCUUGGCUCGCCAUGGCACGCGCUUUAAUCGCAUCAAAGAGGCCAUGCCCUGGCGUGGACUCGCUGAACUGCUGGACUUCUACUACUCCUGGGUACCAGCUCAGAAUGAGCUUAGCUAUCCCCAGCAGUUUCUGACCUGGUUGGAGCUGACGGUGCCAAUGUAUCAGCGCUCCAAUUACAGCGGUGUUGGCGGCAUGUUUCUGUCUCGAUCGAAGGCACCGGUGUUGCCGUCGCCCCUACUGCCUCAGGUGCUGCAACAGGCGCCUCCGCCCCCACUGGAGAAUGGGGAGCUACUGGCGCUGGCAAGGGCCAACACCAGCGCCUGGCAGUGUGCCGAUUUCAUGCGCCAGAUGGGACUGCUUCAGGCUCAGCUGCUGAAGCAACGCUCCCAACUCGAGAACAAGGACGCCAAUUGGUUGGAGGACUGGGACGAGCUGCGCCGUGCUCUAAAGACGGGUGGCACCCGUAACUUUCGCGAGUGGCGGCAGCUCGACAAGCAGCUCUUGGAGCUGGCUCUCGAAGAAUACGGCUGCAACUUUGCUCUCAUUUCCCGUAUUUUGCGCAGCAAGACGGAGCAACAGGUACGCCAGUAUUACGAAACCAAUAUGGAGGUGCUCCGAAGAUACGCCGAGGCUUAUACGGGCAAGUCAGACUUUGAUGAGGCCACUGAGGACAUGAACGAGUCCUUUCUUUACGAGAUGUACCCAAAUGCUUCAGUAAAAUAA